AUGACGCAAAUCGCCGAUCUAGGCCCUUCUUUGAAAGGACUACUGCAUGGAACGGCCGUUCUAUUGCUUCGACCCAAGGAAGGAAAGGAAAAGAAUAGGAUCGAUAGAGAGAUCUACGGUAGUACGGCAGUAAGGCUGCCACCAGCAACCACCAUAGGCCUCAUUUCCGAGAAGACAUAUCGGGAUGCAACGAUCACAUCGCCGCUCGACCAAGGUCUGCACCCGCUGCCGGAAGCGAAAGACAAAGUCAAGUCUCUGGAACGACGCGCCGCGGAGCUCGAAGCCCAAGUCCUCGCCUUCCGAGCCGCUCCCCAAAAUGUCCCGAAUUCGAUGGCAUCCAUCAUUGGACAAGCGACAAUAUCAUACGGCGUUCCUUCUACUCCACUCUACCUUCGGUCUCUUAUAUCUUCGAGCCUGAUAUUCCGACCUUCAUGCCCCCCGUUAGCCAUUCUCCGCGAACUGCCGCGAAGCCGACGAGACGAAAGAGAGGCGCAAAACGAGACUGCUGUUUCCCCGCAAGCAAGGAAACCGAAGACACCUUCCUCUAUGAUACCACAUAGCCGCGCCAACUCGAACACGAUCAUAGAUCUCAGCAGCGUGCCGUCUUCAGCCAUCCGUCGCAUGGUCCAGAACUACGCAGAGAACCACCUGCCACAGUAUCCCUGCAUCCCAGAAACAAAGCUGGCGGACAUUGUCGAUAAGACCCUGAGCAAGGACUUCCAGAUGGAGGGAUCUUCGCUGGCGUACGGCAGUGCUGAAACUGCUGGGCUAGGCCAUUUCGAGUACUUUGUUCUCUUCAUCGUUCUCGCCAUUUCUACCAUGACCUUGACGUGGACGGCCGAUAACCAGGCUCGCAGUGCGUCAGAGUCGUUCUACAACUCUGCCCUGGUACAUCUGCAGUCGCUCGAGGUCGAUAGCGAGAUGAUGUCGCUCCAGGUCUCGCUGCUGUUGGCGCACUAUGCCCAAAUGCGUCCGGAAAGGGUAGACAACUGGCCUUGUAUAGCGAAUGCUGUGCGGACGGCCCUUGCACUAGGCCUCUUCAAGGAACCUCCUCCCCAAAUGGACACAGAACAGGCUCUGCAACGCGCUAAGCUGUUUUGGGUGACAUAUGGUAUGGAGCGGUCGUUGUGUACGAUCCUUCGUCUUCCUUUGUCAUUUCCGGAGGAGAUAAUCACAGUAAGAGCUAAAGUACUAGCCAACGAGCAAGACGCCUUUGCCAUGUCCACAAAUGAUGUCGACAAGAGAUCAUCAGCCAAUCAGAUACGCAAGUAUCGAGCCCUGGAAACAGAGGUUCAUCGCGUCAUGCAUCUCGGAGAGGACGUCGCCAAGUUCGGAAGUCCGACGCUGGAGGGAUGGGUACACGAUCUGGACGGCAGACUACAUGAAUGGUACAUGGAAGCGAAGAAAUUCACCAAGCAUGGCAUGCUCGAAUUUAAGCAUAUCCAGUUCUAUCACCUGCGUAUCCGUCUUUACCGCCCGACUCCUCGCAUGAAGACGAGAACGGCGGAGGACCGCAGGAUAGUUCUGGAGUCUGCGAGGUGCGUGAUCGAAGAUUACCUGGGACAAGAAGGUCGGCGCCGGCUAUUCUACCCAUGGCACGCGCUGCAUAUUCUGUUUGAGACAGUUGUCGUCGGGCUAGAGGCGUGCUGGACGUCUUUGGACUGGCAGCCGUUGAACAACCAGAUCUUGUUCAUGGUGCAGGUGCUAGUACCCCAGUGCCUACAAAUCAUUCGAAAUAUUGGCCAAGGAUGGUCUGGAGCCGCGGCGUGUGUUGAACGAUUAAAGCCGCUGGCUGACAAGAUCGCAACGGCUGUCGUGGCUUGGAACAACAACCAAUUCCUGGAUGGCGACAUGUCCAUCACAGAGGAGAUCAACGGGCUAUUAUUCUCUGAGGGUGCCCUGACCGGCAAUGUUGUUGACGACAGCUUAUUCGGAUUUGAUGAUAUUUCGACGCUACUUGGAGGGAGCAUGGCUGAGGAUCUGGAGUUCUUCCAGUGGGAUCCGAGCUGGGGAGUAUUGCCAGCUGACCCGACUUAUGAGAAUGAGUUUCAGGGGGGUGAUAAUACCUUCAUGACACCCGAUCAACUUGGCGCCUCCAUAUUGGCAGACCUUGCGUCAAUGACAGAGCAGCUCAAGUAA